AUGGAUGGCGACCAACGCAUGAAGCAGCAUGAGCGGUCGAUGGCACGAUCUGGGAAUGGCAACCGUGCAACCGAUCGGUUCGAGUCGUCGCAUCCACGUGGAGACCCAACGGGGAUGUCGCAGGCAGAGCGCCAGAUGUCCUACGACUACGGAUACACAGGCUUCCCCGUCUCCACCGUCCCCAACAUGUACGGGCCCGAGGUUCGACGGUCUCGGCGACGAGAGCAGUUCGUGCCGUACGAGUCGGCCAUGCUGUACGGCUUCGGUCAGCAGGGUCCGGCACCAGCACACUUCGAGGCCGUUCCACAGUACCCGACACGGCAGUCUGCAGCGAUUGAGGCCCUGUCGAGCACUUUUGCCGUUCCACAGUAUUUCGCCCCCGAGGAUGCGCCUGCCGGGGUCCAGGGCCUUUCGCCUUAUCUGAAUCCCAAUCUGCCAUAUAAUCAACCCGGUCCCAUGCCGCGUUCGUCCUCCGCGCAGCCUUUUCCCGCCAUGUCUGAUUUCUCGCCAAUCGGUCAGUCUGGCCGGUUGGAUCCACCUUUGGGUCAGGAUGAUGCCCCGAGACAGGAGCAUGACUCGCAGUCGGUUGAUGAGGCUUUCUCGCAGUACCAGCAGGCACUGCGCGGCACCUUUGACCACACCCGUGCCGGGCGAUUGGUUGAUGCUAGUCGAUCGUUGCUGGAAAUUUCCGAGUGGCUUGUGACCAACGCCCGGGAUCUUGGAAUCCUGCGCGACGACCAUCUCCAGUAUGAUCACCAUCUUCAGCUCUGGAACCAUCUCAAUCUAUGUUGGCUGGCCGUGUGUCAGAAACAGAAAGACUUGACUCAAGACCUGGUUGCGACAGGUCAUCAGCCCGCACAGACGAGUCUGCUGAGUCGAGAACGUAUGGAAGAAAUGGGCAAAGACCUCAUCCAACUUUGCGACCAACUCGAACCGCACGGCCUAGUGGAUUAUCAGAUGGGUAUCUGGGAGGAAGAAAUCCUAUGUGUUUUGGGCCAAUGCCUCGACCUGACGGAAAGCAGACCGGAUCUUCCCCGUGUCCGGAGGUCGCAUGAACCAGCCAGAGCAGCCCAACAACCAUGA